CUUGUGGGGACGCAUAGCUCUCCAUUUUAACCACCAACCACAACCUGCUAAAAAUACCAAGAUGGGAGAUAAAAAGGAUUUGGAGGGCGGCGACCCUGGGAUGGUAGGUCGGCAGUCCAUGAAGCUGCCGACCUUGCCAAAAGCUCUCACACUGGAAGAGAAGAAAUAUCUGCUCGCCGUGGAGAGAGGGGACAUGGCAAAUGUCAGAAAGAUUCUCCAAAAAGCCAUACGCCUAAAGGACCAGGGUAUAGACAUAAACUGCGUGGAUGCCCUCGGCCGUGGAGCCCUGACCCUGGCGAUCGAUGGAGAGAACAUGGAGAUGCUGGAACUGCUCGUGGUGAUGGGGGUGCAGACCAAGGAUGCCCUCCUGCAGGCCAUCAAUGCUGAAUUCGUGGAAGCUGUGGAACUUCUGCUGGAACAUGAGGAGUUGAUACAUAAGGAUCCCGGACUGCAUAGCUGGCAGAAAGUGGAAUUGGACACGGCGACCUUCUCCCCUGACGUCACCCCCCUGAUGCUGGCAGCGCACAAGAACAACUACGAAAUCAUCAAGAUCCUGCUCGACCGCGGGGCCACCCUGCCCGAUCCACAUGAUGUUAGGUGUGGCUGCGACACUUGUGUGCGGCUUUCAACGGAAGAUUCCCUCAGAUACUCAAUGGCUCGACUGAACGCGUAUAGGGCGUUGUCAUCACCAUCACUCAUCGCACUAUCAGCCACUGAUCCCAUCCUUACCGCCUUCCAGCUGUCUUGGGAGCUUAGGACAUUGGCUUUUGCUGAACAGGAAAGUAAAAACGAGUACCUUGAGCUUCGGCGUCGAGUGCAGAAGUUCGCAGUCGACCUGCUGGACCAGACCCGAGGCUCGCAUGAGCUGGCCAUCAUACUGAACCACGACCCCGAGGCGCCGCCCUUUGAAGACGGCGACCCUAUGAAGCUAGCCAGAUUGGAACUGGCCAUCGACUUCAAGCAGAAAAAGUUCGUCGCCCAUCCCAACAUCCAACAAUUGCUGGCCGCAAUCUGGUACGAAGGCGUCCCAGGGUUCCGUAGAAAGAGUCCCAUGGAGAAGUUCAUGAUAAUACUGCGAGUCGCCAUGAUGUUCCCGUUUUACUGCACAAUGUACAUGAUCGCUCCGAACUGUGCCACUGGCAGGCUGAUGAGGAAACCGUUUAUGAAGUUUCUGAUACACGCGUCGAGUUAUUUGUUCUUUUUGUUUAUUCUGAUCCUGGUGUCUUUAAGAGCAGAAGUGGAGGUGAUACAAUUAUUCGGAACUGAGAAUAUGGUAAAGCAAUUACAAUUGGAACUUAAGAAGCAAAGAGGCAAUGGACCGACCUAUUUAGAGAUGGUCGUUGCUUUUUAUGUUCUAGGCUUUAUUUGGGAAGAAACACAAGAAAUAUACGUCCAAGGCAUCCGCUCCUACCUUCGAAACAUGUGGAACUUUAUCGACUUCACUCGCAACUUCCUCUACGUCAUGGUCGCCUUCCUGAGGUUCGCGGCCUACAUCCAGCAAGCGGCGGAAAUAUCCAAGAACCCGCAGACCAGGUUCAUCCCCAGGGAGAACUGGGAUGCCUUCGAUCCUCAGCUGAUAGCAGAAGGAUUGUUUGCAGCGGCUAAUAUAUUUAGUGCCCUGAAGCUGGUGCAUCUGUUCUCAAUCAACCCUCAUCUGGGCCCGCUGCAGAUAUCUCUCGGCCGAAUGGUCAUAGACAUCGUCAAGUUCUUCUUCAUCUACAGUUUAGUGCUCUUCGCUUUUGCUUGUGGUCUGAACCAAUUGCUUUGGUACUUUGCCGACUUGGAAAAAAGCAAGUGUUAUGUACUGCCGGGUGGUUUGCCUGACUGGGACAAUGCGGGCGAUUCCUGCAUGAAGUGGCGUAGCUUUGGGAACGUAUUCGAAGCUUCGCAAUCACUCUUCUGGGCGUCCUUCGGCAUGGUCGGUCUAGAGAACUUUGAGCUGGCCGGCAUCAAGAGCUACACGCGUUUCUGGGGCCUCCUCAUGUUCGGGUCAUACUCUGUGAUCAACGUGAUCGUGCUGCUGAACCUCCUCAUUGCUAUGAUGUCCAACUCUUAUGCUAUGAUCGAGCAACAUUCGGAUGUCGAAUGGAAGUUCGCUCGCACCCGCCUCUGGAUGAGCUACUUCGAGGACAGCGCCACUCUUCCUCCUCCGUUCAACAUCUUGCCGACUCCCAAAAACAUCAUGAAGAUGCUGGGCAUGAGGAAGAAAGAACAAGUGGAGACUUUCAAGGAGCAGGAACAGAAAGAAAGAGACGAUGUGCGGUACACUGCAGUUAUGCGUGCUCUGGUAUGGCGUUACGUCUCCGCAAUGCACAGGAAAAUGGAUGACGAUCCAGUCACAGAAGAUGACAUCAACGAGCUAAAGGGAGAUGUAUCAGCGUUGAGAUACGAACUGCUUGAAGUAUUUGAGAGGAACGGCAUGGACGUGUCCUUCACUGAUAGGAAGGAGAAGGCGGUACUCGCCAAACGCAUGAAGGUUUGGGAGCGUCGAUUGAUGAAGGACUUCCACGUAGCGCCAGUAUCGACUGUGGAGGAAGAUGGUAGACCAGUACACGAGGACAGUCUGUCUAGGUUCAGGAGAAUUGCCAGGAUGGCUGCCGCGGCCGCUAAGGGAUCCAAGUGGGAUCAGACAUUAGCUGCUACAGGAAUAUCGUCUCAAAUCGGCCGUUGUCGGUCUCGACAGUCGUUUAAGAACCAGCAGAAUCUGCAACGCGCUAUUGACGAAGCUAAACGAUUGGUCCUACGAACACCCAUUCCUGAAUCACGAUCAACAACUCCGACAGACAUGCCAGAAUCGCACGGACAAUCUAUCCUGGAACUGAUCAAGGAUAUUUCCUCAGAAAUCAAGGAUAACCACUAUUCAAGUGCUAGUAUGCCGAGGACACCAGUUAAUGUUGGAGCAGGAUCCAGUGGUUUGCCCAUAAUCAAAUUAGUAUCACCAAGUGGGAAUAGCACCAAUGCUGUAUUAGCUAACCUUCGACCGGUAUCUCCGUUACCACCAAAAGAUACAAUAUCUCGGCCUCAAAGUCCAUCAAAUCUAAGACCUGCAAGUCCUUGUGGUAUCGAUAAAAUGCAACCAGAACCAAGCCCAUUGAAAUCAAAUCGUGUUCAAGGCAUUACACCACCAAAGGUCGUAAAAAAGAAAGCCCCGGCACCUAUUCCAGGGGAUAACAACGUUACUGAAUCGAAGCCCCAAGGUGAAAAGUCGGCAGACACGAUAGCAGUAGCGAGGCCUGUGGCUCCUGACAUCAAACCUUCAGAAGACGCCUUGCCUCCACCACCACCAUAUUCCAAAAAUAAGCCACCAACGGAUAUGCAACCAUGUCCGCCCAACAGGACGCCAGCUAAGAUGCCAAGAUCGAGGUCACCCUCCGCCAGUACUGUUCUAGAUCAGACGAAUGCAAAUUCCACGCCAUCCCAUCUAGUAUCUUCACUAAGCACAGAACAAUUGAUUCAACCACCUUCCAUAGAUCCGACUAACGGGCAGAGCAUUCAAGACGUCAGGACAAUAAAACGACAGCCUAAGACGGGUUGGCUCUAAUAUUAAUUUAGUUUGAGGCCAUUUUUAGUUUAGUUCGUCAACCAAACAAGUUUCAUUGCCCUUAUGUUAGAGAUACAAAAAAUAAGCAAAAUUGUUGUUUUUAGAUACAUAUUUAUUGCGUGAAACUUCUAGUAAUUUCUACUAGUAUGCAAUUUCUUUCGUAACAGCGAAAUUUUCGGAAUUUACUAAACAUUUUUUUUUUAACUACAAUUAUCGAAGUUUACCGAUAAUACAUUCAUUACAGCUUGAUAAUUAUGGUUAUUCUAAUAUAGUUGGAAUAUAGAUUUCUGUUUUUAUUAAGAUUAUUAUUUUUAUCUAACUACAACACUGUUAACGCAAUAUCUAAAAUUAUUUAUUAUUUAUCUUCAAUGAAAAUAUUUUUAUGUAAUCUUUAACUUGUAAUUAUUUUUGUAACUAGAUCUAAGGUAUUUAUUGAAGCUAGUAUUUAUAGUAGAUCUUAUAUUUUUAACUGAAAUAUUAGAUAAUUAUAAAAUGUAAGGAUAUCCUUGUCAGUCCGUCCAUUACCUCAGUGUUAAAUAAAUAUAUUUAUUUAUAAGACUUUGAUACAAUAUUCUUAUACUUGUGUAAUAAGGGACCAUACAGUUUUAAGAUAUUAUUAUUUCUAAUACUUAUUAGUAGGUACAUUCAGAUAUAAAGCGAUACCUAAGUGUCAGGAGUAUAACCAUAGGUUUAGAAUAAGAAAUGAUUUGGAAUCACAUAUUGAACUAAUGCGACAGAAGUAGUAUCGUAUAUUUGACAGAUUUCUCGGUUUUAUGUUACAACGAAAUGUUGAAGAUUCCACUAUAAACUAAAUACUUACUUUGAUAUAAGAUAUAUAAUAUGUAUUUAUAAUUAAUUAUUGUUGUUAUUGUAAUUACCAAUAAUAAUUUGUAAACAUUAUAAAUUUGAAUUAUAGUGAUGUUAUUAUUAAUUUUAAUAUAUUAUAUCUAUAUUUGUUAGUUGUAAACUGCCUUGUAUUUCUUAAUGAUUUAUUAAUUGUAGCUUUGUUUAUUAUUACUACUUUACUUGUUAUUUUGUCUAUUUACCUGUGGCUAAUAUUAUUUUCAUUGGAUAUUUGAUUUAUAAUAAAUAUUAUUUUGAAUUACAAAUAAAUAACUUCGAUUGGAAA